UAGCCUUCUGUUGAGUCUUCAAGCCCAGGAGGUUCAGCAACAUCUGAUGACCAUGAAUUUGAUCCAUCAGCUGAUAUGCUGGUGCAUGACUUUGAUGAUGAACGGACAUUAGAAGAGGAGGAAAUGAUGGAAGGAGAGACAAACUUCAGUUCUGAAAUAGAGGAUCUUAACAGGGAAAGUGAUAUGCCAAUCCAGGAGCUACUUAGCCGUUAUGGCUAUGAUGGUACCAUUCCACUCCAAGAAGAUGAUGAUGAUGAUGAUGAUGAAGACGACGAGGAGGAGGGAGAAGAUGAUGAUGAUGUUGAUAAUGAUGACAACAGUGGCUGUAGUGGUGAAAACAAAGAGGAGACCAUAAAAGAUUCAUCAGGUCAGGAAGAUGAGACACAGUCAUCUAAUGACGACCCAGCACCAUCUGUUGCUUCUCAAGAUCCACAGGAGAUAAUUCGCCCUCGUCGAUGUAAAUAUUUUGAUACAAAUAGUGAAAUAGAAGAGGAAUCUGAAGAAGACGAAGAUUAUAUUCCCUCAGAAGACUGGAAAAAGGAAAUCAUGGUGGGCUCUAUGUUUCAAGCUGAAAUUCCAUCUGGCAUAUGCAAAUACAAAGAUAAUGAAAAAGUGUAUGAAAACGAUGACCAGCUGCUGUGGAAUCCUGACUUCUUACCAGAAGAUAAAGUGAUCGAGUUCCUAAAUGAAGCGUCGAGGCGUACGGGUGAUGAGAAAGGCCUAGAUGCAAUUCCUGAAGGAUCACAUAUUAAAGACAAUGAGCAGGCAUUGUAUGAACUGGUUAAGUGCAAUUUUGAUACUGAAGAAUCAUUACGAAGGUUGAGAUUUAAUGUAAAAGCAGCCAGAGAAGAACUAUCUGUUUGGACAGAAGAGGAGUGUAGGAACUUUGAACAAGGACUGAAAGUCUAUGGCAAGGAUUUUCACGUGAUUCAGGCAAAUAAGGUACGGACAAGAUCAGUUGGUGAGUGUGUAGCAUUUUAUUACAUGUGGAAGAAAUCAGAGCGUUAUGAUUUCUUUGCGCAGCAGACCCGAUUUGGAAAGAAGAAAUACAAUCUUCAUCCUGGUGUAACGGAUUAUAUGGACCGUCUCCUGGAUGAAAGUGAAAGUGCUGCUUCCAGUAGAGCUCCGUCCCCUCCUCCUACAACUUCCAACAGCAGCACCAGCCAGUCUGAAAGGGAAGACAGCACAACCAGCAACAGCAAUCAGAAUGGGGUGUCUGCUAAUGGGCCAGGUGAGAUACCAAAUAAAGAUGAAGCAAAAAUUGAAGGAUUGCAUGUAAAUGGACCUACCAGUGGCAAAAAAACACCUCACACGGAUCUGGAUACAAAUGGGUAUGAAACUGAAAACCUUUCCAUUGACCCAAAACUUGCUCAUUCAGCUUCAAGAAAUGAAAAUGAUUUUGAAGAAAAAAAUGAAAGACCUCUGAAAAGAAGAAGAAUUAACAGCAAUGGAAAAGAGAGUCCAGGUUCUUCAGAGAUCUUCCAAGAAGCAAACUCACAUGGGAAGCUUGAAGAACUAGAAACUUUGGAUGACUGAAUACUAGGAGCUGAUUUUAUUCCUUGGAGUAAAUUUUGGGUGUCUAAAAUUUUCAGGGUUGAUGGGUUACCUUACAAAAUCCAGUUCCGUAAAACAAUCUGCUGAGAUUUUUUCUGAUACCUUCUAGUUGGCUCUUAAGAUCUGAUUAUUUGUUUUUUUCAGUGCUGAAAAGCAGUAGGAGAAUAUUCCAUUUCUCAGAGCUGGCAACUGUAGUUCUGGGAACUCUAAGGCUCUUGAAAAUAUUUGAGAAAGAAAUCAGUGAGUUUCUGCAAAAAUACUCCCAGCCUAAUACAUUAAAGAAAUUUCUGUGUGUAAUACGCUAUUUAAGCAUUGUACAAGUGAACAAAGCAUCCUAUUUGAAGCAGAGGGCUGGUUCAAAUGUUGCAGGAAGUUAAAAUGAAAUACAGAAUGCCAAGACACGCAUCACAGUAGGCACAGAGACUUCCACUCAUGCUAGCAAGAGAAAAGUGUCAUCCCAUUGUUAAGGAACCCUUAUGAAUCCUGAAAGUUAUGAGCACAACUAUUUUUAUAUAUAGAAGUUUUAAAAGGUAAAUAAAUAAACCAGGUCAGGUUUGUAUAUGUAAAAUUGUUGACAUCAAUGAUGUCUUUCCAUAUUCUUUAUCUGGGCUAAAGAAAUACAUUCUGUAUUUUUCCAGAUUUCUUUGUAGCCUUUGAAAGAUUUUUACAGUACUUAUGUCUUGAUUGAACUGUCCUUUCUUAAAACAAAAGCUUGUAUAAUUUUCUUAACUUGUACAGUUGGUAAACUUUUAUGAGAGAAUUGAUAUCCUGAGUCUAAUGUCAGCUUAAUUUUAUUUUGCUGAAGUCUUUUCUAA